CCUUACUGCUGGGCCUGUGCCGUACUGGUCACCGCCCAGAAUCUGCUGGUGGCUGCCUUCAAUCUCCUCUUGCUGGCGCUGGUGCUGGGGACCAUCCUGCUACCCGCGGUCACCAUGCUAAGCUUUGGCUUCCUCUGCCACUCCCAGUUUCUGCGCUCCCAGGCACCCCCCUGCACCGCGCACCUGCGGGACCCGGGCUUCACGGCCCUGCUGGUCACCGGAUUCCUGCUACUCGUGCCGCUGCUCGUCCUCGCUCUGGCCAGCUACCGCCGCCUCUGCCUGCGCCUCCACCUGGCCGACUGCCUCGUGCCCUACAGCCGAGCCCUUUAUCGGCGCCGGCGCUCCCCGCAGCUGCGGCAAAUCCGGGCCUCACCGGGGUCCCAGGCCGUUCCCACGUCAGGAAAGGUAUGGGUUUGAGGACCCUCGAGUCAAGAACAACCCCGACGAAUGCCCUCCUUUUCAAUCCGCCCAAGGACUUGAAGCCUGGGGGUCUUCCGACCUACCCUGCCCCGUCCCUGCCUAAGCCAGUCCUAGCAUCCCCUUGGCAAACUGCAGCAUCUGUGGACCCAAUGUUGGUGAAAAUUCGCCAUUCCGAAAACCCUUUCUGUUUACUGUCCAUGUCUGAACCCUGAAUAUCUGGGCUGGACCCUGCACAUACACCCCCCACCCCACCCCCCAUCUUGUGAAUAGGACAACUGAGCCUCACUGGUGCCCUCCUUUUCCGGCGCAGCUCCGCUAGUAUUUACGGGCUGAUGGGUGAGGUUGGAGGGGAAGGAGUGACCACACGUUAAUAAAGAAUUAAUGAACUGAA